CUGUGUGUACAUAAUGAAUUAUGUCAGCUCAUUGAGUUGGAGGCUGUGCUAGCAACUUCUGGCAUUCACUGGGGCAGUGACAUCAUGAAUGGGAGGGGCAGAGUGUGUUUAUUGGAGACUAGCAGGGAAUAUAGAAUACAAUUGUUCUACAUUCUAAGAAUCUAUUCCCUAUACCUUGUUUUGCAAAGUAUUUUUUAACUGUGGGACCCUGCACUACCUCAAGUUUUCACUUCUCUAGCAAAUCUGUUCCAGAAUGUUUAUGCGGAAAGCAAUCUCCUAAACUUUCACGCAAGCACAAACACGGUUUCUCUCCCCCCCCCCGUGAUGUCACUGCCCCAGUGAAUGCCAGAAGUUGCUAGCUCAAGGAGGUGACAUAAUUCAUUAUGUACACACAGGCUCCUCCCCUUUUCCUCAUAUACAGAGAGCACAUGGAAGUCUCAGGAAUGUCCCAGAACACUAACUAAGGAAUAUAAAAGUGCUGGGGCUGGGACUGGCUGCACUACUGACAAGGAAGAAAGCAGAAGCGCAUAAACAAGCCCAAUCUCUUCAACUUUUCUCUGACAAGAAGCUCCAGGAAAUCAGCAGAAGAUGUUUCCUCUCAGCCUCGUACAGCCCUCACACUCCCCUCUGUGUCCCUGCAGUCAGUCUGCACUCACACUCUGGCCAGCCACUCGCCUCAUCUUUGGCCAGCUGGAAGAUGACAUUCUGAGCAUGAGAAAUAACAUGGAGAGGAGAAUGCAGCGUGUCAAUGAGGCUUCCCGGCUCCUCUCUAAGGACACAGAGAUGAGAAGAAUAACAGAUCAGAGCCGACAGUCCAGAGCCCCAGAAAGUGAGGGGACCUCUCCCAACUCAGACAAAGAUGGGAAGGAUCACUUUGAGCUGAUGCUGAAUGUGAGGGACUUUUCUCCUCAUGAACUAACAGUGAAAACACAGGGAAGGAGAGUGAUUGUGAUAGGAAAACAUGAGAGGAAAAGUGACACUGAGGAUGGAAACUACUUCCAUGAAUACAGAGAGUUGAAGAGAGAAGCUGAACUGCCAGAAGGUGUGAAUCCUGAGCAAGUUGUGUGCUCCUUAUCCAAGGAUGGGCACCUGCAUAUUCAGGCUCCUCGACUGCCACCUGCCCCAGAGACACCCAUUCCUAUCAGCAGCGAUACGGCACCCGGAGAUGCACAAGAACUCCCACCUGAUGCCCAGACCAGCAAUGCAGAAGGAGAGCAGCAAAUGGACUAAAUUCUCCCUGAUAACAUGAAAGGACUUUUAUUUGCAACAAUUCUUCAGUAUAUUUUAAUAUCAUUGUUAUCGAAUCAAAAUGCAAAUAUU